UUGUUGAUUCAUUUGUAUUGACGAAAUUAUCAUUACCGGUGCUUGAAUUUUGCUCGAUUUGGUUUAUAUUUAAAGAUGAUGAAGUUGAUGAUGACGAUAAAUCAGGACUUGGAUAUUCACGAUCAUUCAUCAUAUCCAAAUAA